AUGACUUCGAUGAAGGAGUUCUUCGACAAACAGAAUAAUAAAAUAACGAAGUUCAUUGAAGAUUUCGAAGAAUUGAAGAAUUCAAUCCAAUUUAUUAAUGACAAAUACGACGACCUAGAAACCCAAACUGACGAGAUCCGCCGUCGAUUAUUUGAAUUAGAAAAAAUAUAUAAAUCGUCCCAAAAUAAAGACGAUCUGAUUAUGGAGGUAGGAAACAAGCUUGAUAUUUUAGAGCUUAAUUCACGCCAGUGCAACAUUGAAAUUGUUAAUCUACCAGAAAAACGAAAUGAAAAUUUAAUUUCGAUAAUAGAAAACGUAGCUGCUGUCAUCAAACAACCAAUUAAUAAAUACGACGUCAUCAGUGACAAGUUACAGUUCACUGUAUACUCUCCCAAGUAG